AUGAAAGCGAAGCUUCAAUGCGUCCUCCAACAAGGGGAGUGGGCCAGUGCAUGGCAACUCACCGGACUACCGGACCCCUUGUCCCGUCGCGAAUGGGCAGGAACCAAGGAGGAAAUGGCGAUCAUCAGCGGCUACAUGAACUCCGUGCACAAGCUCAAGAAAAGGAUGAAGGAGGCGAAGGAGGCGCGGGUAGGCUAUAAGCAACUGGAGGACGUGAGGUCCUGCGCUGAUGGCUUGCUAGGCGAAGUGAAAGAAUUCGUUAAAGACUUGUUUUGUGUAGAGGUGAUGCAGAUGGAGGGGGGAAGACAGACUUUGGAAGAAGCCCUCCAGAUGCUUCAGAUGAGUCAUGCAUGCUAUGGUGCCCCAGUCACCUCUGCAAAAGCAGUGUUGGAGAAGGUGAGCGCAGCAAUUCCGGUUCAGGCUGAGAGAGUUGCAAUCCCGGAAAAAGCCGGACUUGUGGACCCACUAGCAUGGCUGCCCCCACAUCGCAAGGCAGUCUUAAGUGAUCUCAGCCGGCUUCGGCGACCGGAGCAUUUGUGGAGAGAGGUCGUGCCAGCUUGCCAUCGCGUCCCUGUGUCCGAAGAGGCGCGGCUGAUGGCAAAAUUGUUAGCAAACGGAAUGGUUUCGAUUUUCCCCGAAUCUGACCUUCCCAAAGACUCCCAGGGACGACUGCUGACAGGAGGCUUCUUUUGUGUAAAGAAAAACAGUAGUGAGGACCGUUUAAUUUUUGAUCGCCGCCCCGAAAACGCGACCAUGGACCGGUUGGAUUGGGCUAAGCUUCCGGCCGGAGCUUGCUUCUGUCGAGUUCUUUUGGAGCCAGAUGAAUUUUUACGCGGCUCUGGAGACGACCUGCGCAAUUUUUACUAUUCACUGCGACUCCCUGAGAACUGGAAGAAGUACAAUGCAGUAGGCCGUAGGUUACCUUCCUUUUUGGUCAAGCAAUAUGGGGGCGAUCCGAACGUUCCUCAUCGAGCUGUGAUGCGUGUGUUAGGCAUGGGUGAUACCAACGCAUGUGAUAUUGCACAAGGGAUGCAUGAGUUUGUCUUGGAACAAUUUGGCUUGCUGGGAAGUGAGUACAAGUUGGUGUAUGGACAACAUGUGCCGCAGGGCAACCUCCUUGAGGGUGUUUACCUGGACGAUCUUUUGGUAGUUCACAAAGUGAAGGAAGUAGCCCCCAUACCUUUACACAGUCCCUUCGUUGCCCCGGUGCCACAGGAUACAGAUCCGGAUGUGGUGCAUGUCGCAGCUGCCGAAGCUGCGUAUGCGGCAGCGGGCCUGGAACGGGCCACCCACAAGAGCUUUCGGUUUCAGACUUCCUUCAAGGCCUGGGGGGCAGAAUUGGAGGGCGUCAAGGGCACCGUAGGAGCUGUGGAAGCGUUCUGA